GUCUAGGGUUUCAGCUUCACCGUCUAGGCCGCUUUCGCUGCGCUCAACACAUUUCUGUAUCGAGCCGCUGCCUUCACCAUGGUGAACGUUCCCAAGACAAAGAAGACCUACUGCAAGAGCAAGGAGUGCAAGAAGCACACCUUGCACAAGGUGACGCAGUACAAGAAGGGCAAGGACAGUCUUGCGGCUCAGGGAAAGCGUCGUUAUGAUCGCAAGCAAUCUGGAUAUGGAGGUCAGACCAAGCCAGUCUUUCACAAGAAGGCCAAGACUACCAAGAAGAUUGUUCUAAGGCUUCAAUGCCAGGGAUGCAAGCACGUUUCUCAGCAUCCAAUCAAGAGGUGCAAGCACUUCGAGAUCGGUGGAGACAAGAAGGGAAAGGGAACAUCGCUUUUUUAAAUGGAGUGUUUUUGGUUUUUAUGCUGCUGUACUUGCUGGAGAGCUUAAGCUAAUAUGGAAGAUUUGUUUUGAUAUUUUGUUAGUUUUGAUGUGGAAUUUUAAUGGUGUUAUGACACUUUUCUGGCUAUCAAUUCCGAAUAUGAAAUUAGACUUCAUAU